AAUUCACCGAAGAAGUAAACACGGAAGCGUCGGUAAGUCGUUGAGGCACUUCUGUCAUGAUGGUGUUGAAGGAGAUUCCAGCAGAUAAUAUCACCCGUCCCUUGGGGCGCAAUGAGGUUAUUGGUUUACUCUUCCGCCUUACAAUAUUUGGUGCCGUAACCUACUUUACAAUAAAGUGGAUGGUGGAUGCUAUUGAUCCCACAAGAAAACAGAAAGUUGAAGCACAGAAGCAGGCAGAGAAACUCAUGAAGCAGAUUGGCGUGCAGAACGUCAAGCUGUCCGAGUAUGAGAUGAGCAUUGCAGCCCAUCUGGUGGACCCGUUAAGUAUGCAAAUUACAUGGAGUGAUAUAGCUGGCCUUGAUGACGUUAUAACAGAGUUGAAGGACUCCGUCAUUCUUCCCAUCCAGAAAAGGCAUCUGUUUGAAAGGUCAAAGCUGCUUCAGCCUCCUAAAGGUGUGCUACUCUACGGUCCCCCGGGCUGUGGGAAAACCCUGAUAGCCAAAGCCACAGCCAAAGAGGCUGGUUUCCGGUUCAUCAACCUGCAGCCUUCCACUCUGACUGAUAAAUGGUACGGCGAGUCCCAGAAACUGGCUGCAGCGGUCUUCUCCCUGGCCAUCAAGCUCCAGCCCUCUAUCAUCUUUAUUGAUGAAAUUGACUCCUUUUUAAGAAACCGCUCCAGCUCGGACCAUGAGGCUACAGCCAUGAUGAAGGCUCAGUUCAUGAGCUUAUGGGAUGGACUAGACACGGAUUACAAAUGCCAGGUUAUAAUUAUGGGUGCCACCAACCGCCCUCAGGAUCUGGACUCUGCUAUACUUCGCAGAAUGCCCACUAGGUUCCACAUUAAUCAGCCUAAUAUCAAGCAGAGGGAAUCGAUACUGAAGCUCAUCCUGGUGAAUGAGAAUAUUGGGACUUGUGUAGACCUGCGUGAAAUAGCAAAAGACACAGAUGGAUUCUCAGGAAGUGACCUCAGAGAGCUGUGUCGAGAUGCAGCUCUGCUCUGUGUACGGGACUUUGUGCAUGCUGAGGAUGGUUCAGAGGAAGACUACAUCCGACCCAUCCAGCAGACUGACCUCCAAAAAGCCAUUGAAAAGAUGAAAAAGUCAAAAUUGGCAGGAACACACAGUAUGCUGCUGGAUCCAGCUCUGGACUGAUUUCUGAUACUACUGGCCAGGGUGAUUUAUGUCCCCAGAAUAUCGUAAUUUUUGUAAGUUUAACAUGUGUAUUGUAUAAUAUGGGUUGCAUAAGAAGGUGCUCUUGAAACAGGACAUUUGAUCCACUGACCUUUUUUUGCAGUAUCGACUGCUUUUGGGGGCGGGCGGCUAUGUUUUACCACUUCAUACGAUAUGCCUUUUGUUUAGGCAUUAGGUUUUCUAUGCACUUGUUGCAUGGGAUAUUAGGAGAAUAUUUAUGAAAUUGUACAGAAGCAAGUAACAUGUAGUAUACAAAGCACCUAGGCUGUAAUUAAUUUCAGACAGUAAAAAAAAAAAUAUCAGGAAUGGGAUUCCUUUGUAUUUCCAAAGGAUUUCUAUUUUGUGUACUUCAUUUAGUGAAGUGCAUUUACAGAUAUAGUGAAAUAUAUACAUGUACACCCCCUGUUAAAAUUGCAGGGUCUUUUGAUGUUAAAAGCAAAACCAAGAUGUCCAUUCUUUUUCCGCCAUUAAUGUGAUAUAGCAAAUAAAAUUUGCAUCUGAAGCGCCCCCCCCCCCCUUUUUUUAAACAUGGAUUCGUGCGUUGGAUCAUUAUUGUGCUGGAAGGUGAAAUUUUUCAUUUUCACCUGUCUAACAGAGGCCUGCAGGUUUUUAUGCCAAAAUGGAUGCUGCCACCACCAUGCUUCACCAUGGGUAUGGUGUUCUUCAGGUGAUAAACCAGCUUGUUUUUGUGCCCAACUUUUUUUUUUUAAGAAUUAUGCCCACAACGUGCUAGCUUGGGCUCAUCCAGACUUUAACAGGUUUUGCUACAUAGUUUGUGGGGAUUGUGCAUUUUGGUAACUUGUAAGCAUGCUUGGAUGGUGGUAGAUGUGGAUUUGGGUUUUAUUAUUUUUUUUCCCCCCCUCCCCUGUCUCUCCCAUGGGAAUAAACAUGCCAGACUGCUGAAGACGUCACAUGCAGGAAGUGAAAUACUCGCCAGAUUUUUCUGCAGCUCCUUCAUUGUUGCCGUAGGCCUCUUUGCAGCCUCCCUGAUAUGAUAUCGUUCUUGGUGUAACGGUGCCUUAUUUUCUCCACUUGAUGGCCUCUGUUGUUCCAUAGUACAUUCAUGUAUUUUGACCGAGAUCCUUGUGUACACGGUUUUACCUGCUAAGAAAAUCGUAUAGAAACUGCUGAUCUUUAUUUGGUUAAUCUGGGUAACCGAAUGUGAUUGAACAAGCCUUUUAAAAGGGCGUGCACAGUUGUGGAACCAGAUUAUUGUAAACCACCCCUCCCCCCAAAAAAACUUGAAUUUUGUUGGUUGCGAUAUGACAGGUCUAAAAAGACAUGACCUUUAUCUUGGUUUUAAAUUUUUUUUCCCCUCCUCACAAAAACCUGACAUUUUAACAGGGGUGUGUAAACUUUUUAUAUCCACUAUACAGAAAAGAACUGUUUUGUGUAACACCGGUAUUUUCUCUAGCAAUAAAUAAGGGUGUACAGACUGUGACCUAAGCUAUCCGUCCUACGGAAACUGUUCAGCCAUCUUCUCCAUUAGUUUGUGUGGAUUCUGAAAAAUGGAAGUCAACUCAAGAACCGUAAGUGAGUUGUUAGUGCUUGUAUAUAAUGCUUAAGUAAACAAGCUCAAUCUUUUCAACUGUGUAAUAGUUUGGACACCCUGGAAAACAUUGUUUUUGUGUAUUCAUUUUAUUGGUAAUGUUACCCAUGAUGAAAAAUGGUCAGAAGAAAUCAGACAAGUAUCAAAAGGUAUAAUUUAAGCUACAGUCAUUAAAUGAAUAGUAAUAAAUAAGUUUCAGUUGUUACUUUUACCAAAACAAGCCAAUAAAUGUUUUGUUGUUCACAUGGA